GGGGGAGCUCAGAAGAGGUCUGGGAGGGCCUCGCGGCUCACACACAGCAUGGACCUGCGCACGAUGACACAGUCGCUGGUGACUCUGGCAGAAGACAACAUGGCCUUCUUCUCGAGCCAGGGCCCCGGGGAGACAGCACGACGGCUGUCGAGGGUCUUCGCGGGGGUUCGGGAGCAGGCGCUGGGGCUGGAGCCGGCCCUGUGCCGCCUGCUGAGCGUGGCGCACCUCUUCGACCUGGACGCCGAGACGCCGGCCAACGGGUACCGCAGCCUGGUGCACACGGCCCGCUGCUGCCUGGCACACCUGCUGCACAAAUCCCGCUACGUGGCCUCCAACCGCCGGAGCAUCUUCUUCCGCACCAGCCACAACCUGGCGGAACUCGAGGCCUACCUGGCCGCCCUCACCCAGCUCCGUGCCCUAGCCUACUAUGCCCAGCGCCUGCUCGCCACCAACCAGCCCGGGGGGCUCUUCUUCGAGGGCGACGAGGGGCUCAUUGCUGAGUUCCUGCGCGAGUACGUCACUCUGCACAAAGGCUGCUUCUACGGCCGCUGUCUGGGCUUCCAGUUCACGCCCGCCAUCCGGCCUUUCCUGCAGACCAUCUCCAUCGGGCUGGUGUCCUUCGGGGAGCACUAUAAGCGCAAUGAAACAGGCCUUGGUGUGACCGCCAGCUCGCUCUUCACAAGCGGCCGCUUCGCCAUCGACCCAGAGCUGCGCGGCGCGGAGUUUGAGCGGAUCAUACAGAACCUAGAUGUGCACUUCUGGAAAGCCUUCUGGAAUAUCACUGAGAUUGAGGUGCUAUCGUCUCUAGCAAACAUGACAUCAGCUACGGUGAGGGUGAGCCGCCUGCUCAGUCUGCCACCAGAGGCCUUUGAAAUGCCGCUGACUGCUGACCCCAAGCUCACGGUCACCAUCUCACCUCCUCUGGCCCACUCGGGCCCCGGACCGGUCCUCGUCAGGCUCAUCUCCUAUGACCUGCGUGAAGGACAGGACAGUGAGUUGCUCAGCAGCCUGGUGAAGUCCGAGGGGCCCUGGAGCCUGGAGCUGCGGCCACGCCCCCAGCAGGCACCCCGCUCACAGUCCCUGGUGGUGCACAUCCAUGGCGGUGGCUUCGUGGCCCAGACCUCCAAAUCCCAUGAGCCCUACCUCAAGAGCUGGGCCCAGGAGCUGGGCGUCCCCAUCCUGUCCGUCGACUACUCCCUGGCCCCCGAGGCCCCCUUCCCCCGAGCGCUGGAGGAGUGCUUCUACGCUUACUGCUGGGCUGUCAAGCACUGUGCCCUCCUCGGCUCAACGGGGGAACGGAUAUGCCUCGCAGGGGACAGCGCAGGUGGGAACCUCUGCUUCACCGUGUCCCUCCGGGCAGCAGCCUACGGGGUGCGGGUGCCAGAUGGCAUCAUGGCAGCUUACCCAGCCACGAUGCUACAAUCUACCGCCUCGCCCUCCCGCCUUCUGAGCCUCAUGGACCCCCUGCUGCCCCUCAGCGUGCUCACCAAAUGUGUCAGCGCCUAUGCUGGUGGGGAGACAGAGGAGCACUCGGACUCGGACCAGAAGGCACUGGGCAUGAUGGGGCUGGUGCGGCGGGACACAGCCCUGCUCUUCCGAGACCUCCGCGUGGGCGCCUCCUCGUGGCUCCACUCCUUCCUGGACCUGAGUGGGCACAAGUCCCACACGAACUCAGUGCCCACGGCAGAGCCAAUGCGGCGCAGCGUGUCUGAGGCAGCCCUGGCCCAGCCCGGGGGCCCGCUGGGCACGGACUCCCUCAAGAGCUUGACCCUACGGGACCUGAGCCUAAAGGACAGCUCUGAAACGUCAAACAGCCCGGAGCUGUCAAUGUCUGCGGAGACACUUGGCCCCUCCACACCCUCCGACGUCAACUUCUUGGUUGGCCCAGACCACGCACCCACACCCGAGGCCGCUAAGGCACAGGAUGAGCUGAGCACCAAGGACAGAGGCUGCAGCGCGCGCGCGGCCUUCCCUGAGGGUUUCCACCCCAGGCGUUCCAGCCAGGGCCCCGCCCGGAUGCCCCUCUGCGACUCGCCCAUCGUCAAGAACCCCUUCAUGUCGCCGCUGCUGGCGUCUGACAGCAUGCUACAGAGCCUGCCACCCGUGCACAUUGUGGCCUGCGCGCUGGACCCCAUGCUGGACGACUCGGUCAUGUUCGCGCGGCGGCUGCGCGGCCUGGGCAAGCCCGUGACGCUGCGCGUGGUGGAGGACCUGCCGCACGGCUUCCUGAGCCUGGCGGCGCUGUGCCGCGAGACACGGCAGGCGGCCGCGCAGUGCGUGGAGUGCAUCCGCCUCAUCCUCGCUCAGCCCGCCCCGCCCGCCGCGCAGCCCGUCUGA